AUGGAGACCAAGAUUGUGGUCAGAAAUUUGCCGGAGCUGCCGCGAGACGUAUUGAUGGAUAUCUUUGCCCUCCUGGAGAUCCCGGACCUCAAGCGUGCGGGCUCCGUCUGCUCCUCAUGGCGCUCUGUUUAUACCAGCCUAUGCAGCCAGCUUGAGCUGUACAAACGGCCCCAGACGCCUUGCCUUCUCUACACCUCUGAAUCUGCCGCUCACAACGUAGCUUGUCUCUACAGCCUCGCGGAAAAGCGGGUCUACAGUCUAACUCUUCCGGAUCCACCCAUCCACAGCAAGUAUCUGAUUGGGUCCUCACACGGCUGGCUGAUCACCGCUGACGAGAAAUCCGAGCUCCACCUUCUCAAUCCGAUCACCUGUCAACAGAUUGCUCUCCCGUCAGUGAUCACCAACGAGAGGGUGAAGCCGGUCUUUGACGAUGCAGGCACAAUUAAGGAGUAUGAAUUGUGGGAGCCAAAGUAUGACGUUGAGCUAGACUGUGAAUUGGAUGAUCAUCAUAAGUCAACCCAUGCUCUGGACAAGCUUCGCGACUUGUUCUACAUCAGGGCAUACAUAUUUGCUAACCCGUCUACACGAAGCUACAUUGUGGUUCUCAUCCACAGCGAAUCACAACUUUCGUUUGCAAGAGUAGGUGAUUGUAAGUGGACAUUGCUGCCGCGGGGUAAUGACUAUGAAGACUGCAUCUACAUGAAUGGCCUAUUGUAUGCCUUCACGAGCUUUGGACAAAUCAAUACAUUUGAUCUCCACAGUCCUACCAUUACAAGGAAUAGAAUUAUAGGCGACAUGAAGACUUAUACUCAAGGCCGGCUGUACGUUCUCCAGGCUCCAUCCGGUGAUCUACUGCAAGUUCACAGGAUUUUGGAACUCGAAGAUACUGAUGAUAAGGAGGAGGAGGCCAUACUUGUGACUAACAGCAUAUUGUUAUAUAAGGUUGAUAUGGCAGCAAAAGACCUUGUGUUAAUAAACGACUUGCACGAUCAAGUGCUAUUUCUCGGGUGUAACCAGUCGCAAUACCGUAGCGCUGACGAAUUCCCUCAGCUGAAGCCAAAUUGUGUCUAUUUCACUGAUGAUGAGGCAUAUGUUUGGAAGUAUAAGAAUUACUGCCGGGAUAUAGGUGUUAUCAACUUGGAAAACAACAAAAGGGAAGAGAUUCUACCUCAGCUUUGGUGUAGCUGGCCAAAUCCCAUAUGGGUAACACCGAAUCUUGCAAGGAUGAACUGGGGUUUCGCUGGUUCUGCUACUGACUCUUCUGGCAUUGUGAGAUCACCUUCUACACAAGCAGCUGAUGGUACAUCUCUUCCUGUUACUGGUCGAGGCAUUCUUACCACUUCAUCUUUUCAUGUUCCUGAUGUUGCUCAUACCGUCAUACUGGUGCUCUUCUUGGUGCUGGCCCCCGGCGCCGUGACUCCCAGGGCCUCUGGGAGCUUGACUAGCUUCAUCUUCCCUCCGCUGCUACCACCGCCAGUCACUCCGCCUCUGUUGCCUUGUCUACCAGCUCUUUUCAGCAGUGGCAUCAUCGCCUUGAAUGGCGUGGCUGAGCGCAAGCAUCGUCACCUUCUUGAGACGGCUCGUGCAUUGAUGAUCGCCGCCUCUCUUCCACCUCACUUUUGGGCUGAGGAUGUCUCCACUUCCACCUAUCUCAUCAACCUUCAGCCGUCCACUGCUCUGCAGGGUGGUGUUCCUUUUGAACGUCUCUUUGAUCGUUCUUCUGAUUACUCGACGCUGCGUAUGUUUGGUUGUUUUGCGAUGGCAGAGGAGCUUGCUGCUCUUGAGCGCACCGGCACGUGGGACCUUGUUUCUCUUCCUCCUGGUGUUCGUCCAAUCACUUUGGUGAGCUACGUGAGGAGGUUUUCAUGCAGCCUCCACCUGGGUAUUCAGUUCCUGAUGGCAUGGUCUGCCGUCUUCGUCGCUCUCUCUAUGGCCUUAAGCAAGCCCCUCGCGCCUGGUUUGAGCGUUUUGCCUUUGUGGUGA